GGUGUUUCCGUCCUCUCUCAAGGGGCCGCACUCAACUGGUACACUCAACUGCCUCCCGAGUCCAUCGACAGCUUCGGCACCCUAGUUAGGAAGUUCACCGCGCAAUAUGCGACGAGCCGACCUCAUCAUGUCACUUCAGCUGCCUUGGCCAGUCUCAGGCAAAAUGACGACGAACCACUCCGGGCAUUCAUGGAACGGUUCAUUGCCACCUCGAUCAAGAUCAGAAACCUGAAUCCCGAGGUCGCCCUACAUGCCAUGCUCAUGGCACUCAAACCCGGGCCAUUUGUCGACAGCCUGUGUCGUGAGUCCCCCCGCGACAUGAACGAGCUCCGCGCCCGCGCUCAACACGCCGCCGACCUACAAAACAUGCGUGCCAAGCACGACACUGACCUAGCGGCAAUGCGUGCCACUAACGAAGCCGAACGAGCGAAUCCGCGCUCAACUCCCUCGACACCACUCCGAUCAUCCUCCUCAUACGGGUAA